GCGGAGAGGCGAGGGAGGGAGGGGGAGGGGGGGGAGCGCGAGUGACCGGCCACGGAUUUUUCAUUGCAGAGAGGAGGGGAGGAAAGGAAAAAAAAAAAACCACCACCCACACAAUACAAACCAACCCCCCAGGCUACGUGGGUCAGCAGAGCAGCUUUUCAGAAUGGCAGAGACUGAUGGUUUGAUGGAGAGACUGGAGAAAGCAGUGACUCGACUUGAAUCAUUAUUUUCAGAUUCACACAGAUCUGGUGGAAUGGAGUGUGAUGCCAUCAACGGAGUCAAUGGAAGCAUAGCACCAUAUGUUGAAGCCUUUGAUAGGCUGCUGAAUGGAAGUGUUGCUGAGUUUCUCAGGUACAGCAAGAUUCUUGAAGGUGAUGUGAAGACACAUGCAGAGAUGGUACGUGCUGCUUUCCAAGCUCAGAGAUCUUUCCUGGUAUUAGCAUCUCAAUGUCAAGAGCCUCAAGAGAAUGAGGUGGCAAUGCUUCUCAAACCGAUAUCAGAGAAGAUUCAGGAAAUCCAGAACUUCAGAGAGAGGAACAGAGGAAGUAAAAUGUUCAACCACCUCUCAGCCGUCAGUGAAAGCAUACCUGCCCUUGGGUGGAUAGCAGUGUCUCCUAAACCAGGCCCUUAUGUCAAGGAGAUGAAUGAUGCUGCUACCUUUUAUACUAACAGGGUAUUAAAGGACUACAAGCACAGUGACACACGCCAUGUUGAUUGGGUGAAGUCAUAUCUAAACAUCUGGUCUGAGCUUCAAGCUUAUAUCAAGGAGCAUCACACCACAGGUCUCACCUGGAGUAAAACUGGCCCUGUUGCAUCAUCCAUGUCUAUGCGAUCUGUUCUAACAAGUGGGUCAUGCCUCUCCCCACCACCGCCACCACCACCGCCACCACCCGGACCUCCCCCCAUCUUUGAUACAGAAACCACAAAGGAUGAAGGAACUGCAGCUCGCUCAGCGCUAUUUGCACAGCUUAACCAGGGAGAGGCAAUUACGAAAGGGCUUCGACAUGUCUCUGAUGAUCAGAAGACUCACAAGAACCCCAGUCUACGUGCCCAAUGUCCACCUGUUCGUUCUCCGACAAAAAGCCAUACUCCAAGUCCCACCUCUCCCAAGAAUUCCCCGCAACAGAGCCAUCCACCUGUCUUGGAGUUAGAGGGAAAGAAGUGGAGGGUGGAAUAUCAAGAUGAUAAGAAUGACCUGGUCAUUAACAACACUGAACUCAAGCAAGUGGCCUACAUUUUUAAGUGUAACAAAUCUACACUUCAGAUAAAAGGAAAAAUCAAUUCAAUUACUAUUGACAACUGUAAAAAGUUUGGCCUUGUGUUUGACAACGUUGUGGGAAUCGUGGAAGUGAUCAAUUCCAGGGAUAUUCAGAUUCAGGUGAUGGGGAAAGUGCCAACCAUUUCUAUUAACAAAACAGAAGGCUGCCACAUCUACCUCAGUGAGGAAUCAUUAGAUUGUGAGAUUGUGAGUGCCAAGUCAUCUGAGAUGAACAUCCUCAUCCCCCAAGAUGGUGAUUAUAAAGAAUUUCCGGUUCCUGAACAGUUCAAGACAGCAUGGGAUGGAUCUAAGUUGGUCACUGAACCUGCAGAGAUUGUGGGUUAACUUCCUAAUGCCAUACAGCACUCGCUGACCGUGACCAGACCACAGCCAGCAUAAACAAAG